AUGGCCCCUGCAGCGAGUAAUAUACCAGGAGCCGUCCAGCUUGCAUCAUUCUCCAGUGAAGACAUCGCUGGGAAUGCUGCAGAGCAUGCCGCCCAAGCCGACAACCCCAGCCCAGACAAGAAACGGGACAAGAAUGCGAAGAAAGGCAAGGCGUCGUCUCGGCGUGCCGAGGGCCGUUAUGAUCCAUACAGGCGCCCGAAAUCCGGUGCGGGCAGGGCCAACCAGAGAAAGAUCAUCCUUGAAGGCGGCGGCAACAACGACAACGAGGACAACCAAGACCAAGACUCCGGUCUUUCUCUCGGGUGUCCUUUUUGGAAGCAUGAUCCAGUGCGGCACAAGGAUUGCCUCAAGUACCGUCUGACGUCGACAUCUUAUAUGCUUCAGCACUUCGACCGCGUACACCCCACUCAGCCAUUUCACUGCGCGAUUUGCGGCGAGUGCUUCGAAUCCCCCGGUGAGCGCGAUGCUCACAUGCGAGAUGUCGCUUGCAAGAGAACCGAGUUCUGUCAUCCCGGGCUGACCGCGGACCAAUCCCAUCAGCUUCGCCUGGCUCGUAACAAGCUGAACGAGGCAGAGCGCUGGUACGCUAUGUACGACAUCAUCUUUCCCAGCUCUACACGACGACCAACGUCCCCGUAUGUGGGCACUUAUGAUGAAGAGCUCCUGGACGUCUUGAGACGUGCUCGUGAUUGCCUCCCCGGCUGGGAGCAGUAUCCAGAGCGGCAGCGAUUCACCUGGCUGCGCUCCGUCACGGCCGGUAAGGAUGACCUGUCAUUCCUCACCUCGGACGCCCCACCCCCCAGCCCAUCAAGCCAGCUUCCUCCCGGCCCGAUCACGGGACCAAACCUGGGUAUGGCUCCCAUGCUCUCUGAUCUCGGCUUCGAGAUCGGGUUCGAGAUCGCCGGCAGCCAGUCUGGCUCGACCUCCCAGCAAUUGUCCACCAAUGAAUUCUCCGGCACGGAAGCCGAGCUCUUCUUCAGCCCACUGGACGACUUCGCCAGCGAUACCACAGCCCCGACUUUCUCUCAGCCUGAUGAGAGCGGUUUGGACUGGCUCCGUUGGGACGAUGAGGCCUGA